AUAAAAUUAUGCAAGCCAAUCAAGUUCAAUUUCCCAACCAAAAGUACAAAACGCAACUUUGCAGACACUUCAGUAAAUUAUAAUGUGAAAUUCUAGUAACAAAUGGAAAUUGUGCUUUAGGAGCAAGAUGUUAAUUUGCUCAUGGAAGACAGGAGCUUAGAGCAAAUGCUAAUGGAUUUUAACCCAAUUCGGAAUUCAUUAUGCAUCAAAAUCCUCAAGGAGCUCUACCCCUCAAGGUGCAACCAAUUAAUCCCAUGAUUGCGAAUUAUAAGAGUAUUUUUUAAGAUUUACUAAUUCUUAGCAUAAUUAUGCAAGCACUUCAACCCAUAAACAGGAUUAUGCAAAAAUGGAGUCACUUGCACAUUUGCUCAUGGUGAAUAGGAACUUAAUUAAAUGAAUCCCUAUUUCCAAAAUCAAUAUAUGUAUUAGAAUCAAAUAUCCUUAUAAUAGGCUUAUGCAGCAGCAAAUCAAAUAGUAAAACUAAGCUUAGGUAUAGGCUGAGCUCACUUAAUAAAUAUUAAUUAUGAUUCUGUCGAACAUGGAACAUAUUUUUCCGGGCUAACUAGUAAAUAAUCCCAAUAAAUUUUAGGACAUCAUAAACGUGUUGAAAUAAGGCCAAGAAAAAGCCAAGUAGGGUGAUAAUUAAGGAGCAAGCGAAAUUAUUAAAUUGAUUAUUCAUGAUGAGCAGAGAACUAAGGAAGAGAAAUAAUAAUAUCAAUAAAUUUACAACAACGCAUAAAGACAUUAUGAUUCAAAAUUAAAAGAGUACUUAAACCAAUGAUUUCAUUGAUAUUUUAUAUUAUUAUAUAUAAUAG